AUGUCGACAGCAUCUAGCCAAUCCCGAGGAGUCAACCGACGGAUCAACAGUCUUCAGAAUGAAAGUCGCCAUGAGCGCAACUCCUCCAUAUCACGACGACGGCCGCUAAACGCCAACGUGGCAUACAGCCAUGCCCUUCGGGUCGCCUAUCUAGCCUAUCUCCUCCACCCUCGUUCUCGUCGCAUCCAAAAUGCUCCCGUCGCGCCGGCGCGGCCAAAACGAUCCUCCACUUCCAUUCAUGACUUGAUGAGCGAUUUCUCCCUGGUCAGGGACUCCAAGAGCACAAGGGUUCCCCAUGGUUUCGUGGCCGAGCUGGAGAAACGGCUGACGGGGGUAUUGAUCGGGAAGGAGAAGAGGAAGGAAUACCAGGACCACCUAGUGGUGCGGACAUUCGCUGUCUUUUUAAACGUUCUGAAGGAGGACUCGUUCCGGAGACGCAUGGAGAAAGAUCGACGAGCUGAAGACUUGCUCCUUAUCUUUUACUCAAACGCUGUGAAAGAGCUUGGAAAGGGCAAAGAGCCCGACGAUGACAGCUGGAAGCUCAUGGUGGAUCGACACGUCGCGCUCUUUGUCCGUCUCCUUGCGCUUACAUUGAAGGAUCAUGAGUGGUCGAAGGACCGUCCAGAGUUGGCCAAUCGAUUGUCGGUGUUGGAAAACAAGCUUCUCCUGCAAGAUCAGGACCUCAUGCAGGCAAACGGUCCUGCGUCUACGACAGAGAACGCUGGCGCAUUGAGUUACAAUGUGAAGGACAUGCCGCUGGUGCAGCAUGUGGCCAAGAUCUUUGGGAUGACCACAUCCCAGGCACAAUCCGAGAUUGAUAAAUACAAGUCUACUUGGACAGAAAAGGCAGCGCUGCAGGACCUAAAGACCUACCAAGCCCACCUCAACCUUCAGACGCGCAAAACAAUGUCAAGAGAUGAUUUUGAGUCGGAUGAAGCCUAUGAGACCUGGAAAAAGAGCGAAGGCCCCGAUCUCUCCCAGAUGAUGCUCGCAAUUGUGCAAUCCAACCCCGAGCUGGCCAAAAGUACCCCGGGGUCUCUUCCUCAGUACAAUUCGAGUCCGCACGAGAAUCCUGACCUGGCAAGGACAUCUUCUGGUCGGACUGAUAGAACAUCGUAUGUCAUUGACCAGCCGGUUGAUUUGAGUGGGCUUUCUCUGGAAGAUUCAGAUGAAUCCGAUACAUACAUUUUCAUACCGUCUGACCCUCGGGCGACAUACAAGUUCAUCUUGUCCCAGACCUUGAGUCACGAUCUCCGAGACCGUGAACUGGAAGCUUCCCAAGCAACGUCCGAUGUGCCUUCUAUGAAACUCCUCUCCAAGCAGUCCACCGAGCUGCUCAAUGAGAUAUGUGUCCGCUGGCGGAUCCCCGCCUUCUCCCGCGUCGUGUUGUUCCUCGAGGUGGCUCAGGACAAAUUCGUCGACAAUGAAAUCGACCUCGAUACUCUCGACUCGGCAUUUACUUUUGUGAAAGAAAUGCCUUCGGGUGAGAACCGCAAACGCAGUAGCUUCGUUGCUUCCACAGUCUUUGAUCGGAAGCGAUGGACCGUACAUGAUCUACAGGCGAUGCAGCAUUUGUUGUCCAAGCUCCACGAGGCUCUGCUCCGGGAGCUUUAUGAAGCCAUGAUGGAUUGCUUCGAGGCAAAGCCCCGCCCACUCGGCCCAGUAAUGUAUGUUCUGGAGACCCACGUCCAGACGGAUCCCAACUAUAUUGAAGACCCCGAAGACAUCGAUCGAUUCAGCACGUAUGUGCAAGAAGGACUUGCUCAAAAAGCAACAACGAAGUAUCAAAGCCUUCUUAGCCAACUUAUCCCAGUGGAACAAGAGGCUUGGGAUUUCGAUCAUGUUGUUCAGCUUGGCGAUGCCAUUUCCAGGCUUGCGCUAAAGAUCCAGAAACGCUACCGCAAUAACCCGGAGAUCAUGGGGGUGAACCCAUUCACGACCUUGUGCCACAAUGUACUUCCCAUGUUCGCUGAGGAUGCACACGAGAUGAUCAUCAGGAUCAUGGAUCAGGCAAAAGCGAGGGGCGAGGAAAUUGCUAUCCAAGAUGGCUUUGACCUAUACAAGCAGCUUGCUAUUGUCAGACGGUUAUUCCGUAACACACAUGAAGAUGCUCCAUUCCCCUUCCAUGUGGAGAGUCUACUGCAAGAGUUCGUCUGGCGAUGGCUUCGCCUCACUGACCAAAAGAUCAUGGACUGGGUGAGCCAAGCUACCAGACAAGAUGCGUUCGCCGUUCGCGCCGAUGGUGCGGCAGAUCUUGCCCCCGAAGACGCUCGUCACAGUGUGUCGGUGAUUGACAUUUUCCGAUCUUUCAAUCAAGUUCUGGAAAGUCUGGUAAAUCUGGAGUGGGACGAUGACCUCCAGUAUGCGAAGUUCAUGACGCAUCUUUCCAACUCUAUUGGUAAAGGUGUGGCAACUUACUGUGACUCCUUGGAGAAAAUGUUUACGCGGGAGAUGGAUCGUCUCACACCCGAACAGGAGGCGGCUCUGAACCAAACCACCCAGGAGAAGUUGAUGCAGUUCGCCAAAGACACCUGGACCAAUAAGGACAAAAUCGAGCCCUUCCAAUUCUCGUCCGAGUCUCUGGUGAAACUGAAUAACAUCGAGUAUGCACUUGCCCAGCUUGACAAGCUCGAGAAAGACAUUAAUGUCGACGGAUGCGCGGAGGUCAUUGCGAAACACACUCCACCGCAGCUCAAGAAGGUCCGCAAGUCUACCAACUACGUCUUUACGAUCAAGGUAGUGGAGGCCGAAGACUUGAAAGCCUGUGAUAUCGGUGGUGGUAGCGACCCAUAUGUCGUUUUGACGGAUGAGUACCAGAAACGAAUCGCGAAAACCCGCACCAUCUACAAUAACCUCAACCCCCGAUGGGAGGAUGCGGUGGAUCUCACUACUCAAGGCCCUAUAAAUAUCAUCGCUACCAUCUGGGAUUGGGAUGCAGUGGGCGAUCACGACUACGUUGGUCGCACAUCGAUCAAGCUGGAUCCAGUGCACUUCAGUGACUUCCUGCCCAGAGAGUAUUGGCUCGACCUGGAUACUCAAGGUCGGCUGUUGCUCCGAGUCAGCAUGGAAGGCGAGCGAGACGACAUCCAAUUCUACUUCGGCAAGGCCUUCCGCACGCUGAAACGAACCGAGAGAGACAUGACGCGAAAGAUCACCGAGAAGCUGUCUGCAUAUAUCAGCAACUGUCUGUCUCGGCGAACGCUGAAGUCUCUCCUCUCUCGUGGAAUCAGCAUAUCCAGCGUCUCGAGCUUCUUGAACCGCAACCGGGCCCAGCCAGCCCCAGCUGGUCCCUCCCCGGCAGACGUCGAAAACGCACUGACUCCACUAUUCAACUAUUUCAAUGACAACUUCGCCAUCAUGAACAAAACCCUCACGUCUGAAGCCAUGAAGAUGGUGAUGGCUCGCCUAUGGAAGGAAGUACUUGCCACCAUCGAGAGUCUCCUCGUGCCUCCUCUCUCAGACAAGCCAUCCCACCAGAAGCCCUUGACCAUCCAAGAAGUCGACAUCGUAUCACGCUGGCUCGUGCUGCUCUUAAACUUCUUCCACGCGGUUGACGAAGACACCGGAGAAGCAAACGGUGUCCCAAUCGAUAUCCUGAAAUCACCCAAAUAUCACGAAAUCCAGUCUCUGAAUUUCUUCUACUUCGAACCAACGGAGAACCUCAUUCGCACUUCGGAGCGCAUGGCCUCGGCAACCGUCAACCGCCAACAGGCAAACCGCAACCGCGCUUCUGCCCCUGCCCACCUCGGCAACACGGGUAGUGGCUACGGCGGUUUAGGACUCCCCGCUGCCCGUCGCGCCAAGAGCAUCAUGCUCUCCCGCAAUCUGGGCACGAUGAAGAAGGCCAAGGAGGAGAAGCGGCGGGAGGCGCAGGCUGAUCCCAACGACGAUAUGAUCCUGCGCAUUCUCCGCAUGCGCCCCGAAGCUGCUGGCUAUCUGCGCGAUCGCAGUCGUCAGAAGGAAAGGCUCGCUGCUGCGGCGGCGGCCGAUGCUAUCGUCAAGCAGAGCCUGAUGGCUGGUGCUGGAAGCCGCAUGAGCGGUAUCAUUCCCCAUGCCCGAUGA